UCACUGCUGCAGAAGGCUUUCAGGUAGACGCUUCACUGAAGACAAAGACAGGAAACAUGUCCGACUUUGACCUGGCUGAUGCUCUGGAGGGGCCUCUCCCAACCCCCGCCUCGGUGUCUUGUGAGCCCAUGGGGGUCCAUGCCCCCCAGUUUGGAAACCACUGGAUGAGUGCUGCGGUCCUCAGUGACAACAUAUCUGAGCCCAGCUGCUCUAACAUGAAGGAUGAUCAAAUACAGAUAGUUAAACUUGAGGAGGGAAUUGAGCUGGUGGUUUCCCACAAGCCCCGCUCCCUCCACCAUGUUGGUAAGCUGGUGCUGGCUGUGAACAAGAUGAAGAAACCUCUGAUGAGCCGUGACGGAAGGGAGCUCAGAGGACGGGAGCUCUGCAGCGCCAUCCUGGAAAACGUGGUGGAAGAAAGGAUUGUGAAGAUGACCAGUAGCCCCUGUAUGGCGGCGAGAACGUUCCACCGCUCUGGCAGUGAGACUCAGUUCACUCUGUCUGACGUGAAUCAGAGGAGCAUUGUCCUUGAGACACCAGGGAUGAAACUGCAGGCCGUCAUUCUAAAGGGAGGGUACGAAAGCUGCAAAGUGAACUUUAAACUGUCAAAAUUCUUCACUGUGCCUGCGGGGAACGGCCAGCCAGUCCUGCUGUCCAUCAACUCAUACCACCUGUCGUCCUCCAUGAAAGAAGACAGGGCCGAGCUGUGUCUGGAGCAAUGCUGUGAGGAACACCUGAGGAGCAUCCACAGUGACACCACCCUGCACCGUUUCCUCUUCAACAAGCGGAAGGAGGGCAGUGACAUGAUCACGUUUGAGUCCGUCUGCUGUCCCGGCUGGUUCAUCAGCACCUCCCCCAACGACGAGCAGCCACUGGGCAUGUGCCGAGCGGACGCUCAACCUCUACGCAAUUUCAGGAUCAACUAAAAAAAGAAAAAUCCUGCUGGCUUGGAGAAGACAUAGAAACCAGAGUUAAGCUUGUAGAAGUUUAUCCACUAGAGGGAGCUGUCGACUUUAGGAUCUAUCUGUUACUGUAGAAGCUCAGUAUAAUCCACUAAAGCUAGUUUGUCUUUAUAUUCACUUAUAAAUGCUUACAUUUAUCACCUUUAGUAGAGGAUAUUCCUCACGUACAGUGCUUAACAAAUUUAUCAGACCACCCUAUCCCUAACCAAAGUAAGGUUUAUGCCACA